CUCCCACUUUCUCGUCGAAGCUGGUCGCAGAAGGCGGGGCUCCGUGCCUGCGUUUGACAGCUGCGAAAUAGAAAAUGUAUAGCGCAUAGAUGGUCUCGGGAACCAUGCCGCUCCACGGCAGCCACACUAUUCCGAGGGGAGGGAUGCAGCAUGGUGCUUUAUAGCUCACGGAUGCCCUCGUAAAUCAGGUCAAAUUGAAGAUAAAAGAAGCACGGAAUAAGGGAAAUAAUAACGUUGAUUGUGCAUAUAAGCCUGGGAUUUUUGGGGUGGGGGGCAUGCACCGUGCGUUCUCGUUCCCGGUGACUGUGGAGCGCAGUCGAACCAAGGAGCGCCUGGAGGCGAGUCUGGCCUGGCUGUGCGAGCUGGAGUUCCGCAAGCAGAGGCAGGAGUGCCUGGUGCUGGGGGCGCUGGCUCUGGGAGACCCCCCGCCCCAGGACAGCUCCAGGGGAGAGCUGGCGUGUUUUAGCAGCUGGGGGCAGGAAAACUUGACACUGAGGCGUCAGCUGAGCGCCCUUCAGAGUUCCCCAUGGGGGCUUAUGCAAGCGCUGGAACAGCAGGUGGGAGAGCUGAGGAUCGACACCGAUGAUGGCUGCCAGGAUGGAGCUCGAGGAGACCCAGGCGACAGUCGGCCGAGUUCUGGUUUCUAUGAGUUUAAUGACUGUCACUCACCAAAAACAGGAUCUUUGUCCACUGAGAACACAGAGACAGUUUCCUCCUGGGCUUAUGCCAAUGACAGGCCAAAGUCUGUGGGUGACCCUCUAAUGCUGAAUGGAGAAUUGGAUGUGCCAGUCCUUCACACCACCCUACCCCGCUCUUUCUCUGCCCCUUACCCACCUCUGGAGGGCAUCGCUGAGGAGGGCACAGGAAUGGACUCCUGCCAGUGGGAUCCCAACAGUGACAACCAAGCCUGGCAGCAGCAGCCUGCAGAGGAUCACAUCACUGAGGAGAACUACCAGCAAGCCAUAAGGGUAGAGGGCUACAUCCUAAAUCUCAUACAGCGCCAUACCCUCCCGCCACGGCCGUGUCAGCCACGCACCACCCUGAGCCCCGACCCCCCAUACUGCAGUGCUUCUGGACACAGUUCCCUACACAGGAGAACUCCUACUCUGAACACAGAGCACCGCCUUCCUGAAUCCCAUCUCCGACCCCAGGUUGACCUUUUGGCAAACCCUAAAAGCCAGGGCUGGGGUUGUGGCCUGCUGGAGGGAGAAGCCUGUGGAGGAGAGGCCCCAUCUUUGGAGGAGGACUGUUAUCUGGCUCUGCCCUACCCCCAGCCCAGGCCACUCUCCCUGGCUGAGAGAUUACCAUCACCUCUGCCCUCUUUGGACCCCAACUGUGGUGUUGGGGCUCUUGACCUUUGUUGCGAGCCCCCAUCCCCCCAGCAUUACUUACAUCCACAACCCCCUAGUCAUCACAAACACAAUUUAGUAAGUGCUCAGUAUAUCCCUGGACAAGGCUGCCAUGCCCCUGUGCGCUCACCCAGACACUACAACCCAGAGCAGCCUAAGUCCACCCGAGCUCCCACUUCCCCUGACCAUCCAAACUCCAAGACCAGAAGCUCUAAGAAGAGCAACAAUGAGCGUCAUAGAGCCAAGAAAUCAAGUAGUAAAACCAGUCGAUCCCAGUCUGAAAACAGCCUCCUGGGCCAGCGAGUGCUGCCUGAGCGCAGGUACAGCACCACAGAGAGGCACCAAGGUCGAGGAGAGCUUGCUGCGAACCACGGCGCAGUCACUGGACCGCAGCUAGGAAACAAUGGCCACAAUGGGUGCCGGCGUUGGUGCUCUAACCUGGAGCUCAGCCAGGAUGAGGGUGAGACCCUGGCAGGGCAGGCACAAAGACGACCACCGCGAAAAACUCGCCAUGGUCAUUCUUGUCCCCAUUCCCAACCCCAGAACUACCAGCAGCAGCACACACAGCGCCGGCACACAGACUUUCAAGAGAGAGCACCCCUCUGUCAGGGAGAGGAGGGCUAUGCCGGUGCUGCCCCCGCAGAGUCUGAGUCCAGCAUGAGUGAGGUGUAUUCACCGGCCUCCAGCUCACUGUCCAGUGACUCAGAUGAGAGUGGAGGUCUGGUGUGGCCCCAGCAACUGCCACCUCGCCUCGCUUCUACCUCCUCCUCAUCCUCACCAUCACCACAGGCUAGUGCCAAUGCCCCCUCUCAAUCAAAAGCCUUUGUCAAGAUCAAAGCCUCACAUGCUCUCAAAAAGAAGAUCCUCAGAUUCCGCUCAGGGUCCCUCAAAGUCAUGACUACUGUUUGAGGAAAUGGUCAAACUCAUAUCUGUUACUGCUGUGUUGUAAAGCCAUUGUCAGGUCAACAUUGUGGCCACUUCUUUUGGUCACAUACCAAUCCUGUCUUUAUUAUCAACCUACCUCUAAUUACAGUAUGCUUUUAGCAAGAGAUAUUUACAUUAAUGAUUAAAGAUCUGCUAGAGAUCAUCUGUCUCUGAUAUCUGUUUGAAUUUAUCUUGUAACUGACAACCAUCAGACACUAGACUAAUGCACAUUAUCCCGCUCUAACUGAGGAUAAUUGAUGUGGUGCAAACUUACACUGUGCUGACAGGGACCGCGACGAAGCUAAGUGACUGAAUAUGCUGCAUAGUUUUUCUUGAAGUCUGUUGGCCUUAUUAUUAAUUCCAAAUUUAUGAUUAAUCAUUCCAACAUUGUAGAGUUGGCCAAAUCUAAGAUAUAUAUGGCUUCAAGUAUUUCCAAACAUGCAAACGCUCUGGAAAUUAUGUUUAAAUGACCAAAAUUUCCUAAUAACUUCUAAUUUCCUUGAAAGAACUAUUGUCCUUUAACCAAUGGGAAAACAGGAACUUCUUUGAAAGCACAGAAUAUAUAAAUAUAAAUAAAUAUUCAUUAAACAUUAAUUUAUUAUUGGAAACUUUAUUCUUAGAAAGUCACAUUUUGAACAUGGUCAGCUCUCUGAAAUCUUUGCUUUACCGUUAUUAAUUUCAGUUAAUCAAAUAAAGGUUAGUAUUGGAGAAGUGCUCGUGGAAAACACAGAGCCACAAAUUAAAGCAUUGGCGACUUGGAGCUUUAAAGCAGAUUUGUCCUGCUUUUAGCUGCCAUCCUAUGAAUAAACAUGUAACAUUUCUAUAACAUUUUUUUGUUUACUUUUAAUUUUCCUACGGUCGCAAAAUUCAUUCAGGACUGAUUGUGAAUCUCUGAACAGGGAAAAUCUUUUUUGUUCAUUACACUCAGCUCUGCCUCUUUGUAAAAUGUGGAUUCACACUGAAGUGAACUGCCCAUUACCUCUCUUCUUCUUCUUCUUCUUCUACUGCUGCUGCUGCAGCUGUCAACUGCUUUAGGGUCCAGUGAGCAUAAACAGAUGUCUGUGAGUCAGGAUUUAGUAGAGGCCAUAGGAAGAGACCAGUGUACAUGCAUGCAUGCAC